GCAGGCUGUCGAAAACACUUCACCCGAUUGGUCUUGGCCUCGGUAUUUUAAUAUUUGGAUAAAUAUUUUACAAAUUAAUUUUUAUCAUAAAUUAUACAUCAAACCCAAAUUAUGCUUAAGAUUCCAAACCGACGCAAAAUGCCUGUGACCGAGCAACCACCUCGGAUUGUUAAGAUAGAGCGACCAACGCGAGGAAAGAGGCUCAGUCCCUUGAAAACGUCGAUCAUUCAGCCGCAGUCCUUAUUGCCCAAGAACACCCCAAAAAUUGCAGCUGACGACCUAAAAAAUCGUUUGCUUACUCUUCAGAAGCGUGUAAUGGAAUGGAAAUCUUCAAGUGUACCCUCGGAUAAAAUGGUACAGAUUACUCAUUUGAUAAAUAAAUGA